ACUAUCAAACUAUGGAUGUUACCUGGUGAGAGCUCGAUCAGUCUGGCAGGUGACAACAUGGCUACCCGACGUUUACCCAUGUCGGUGAAGGACUGCCUGGAAUGGGUGAAAGAGAAACAGAAAACACUACAGAAGAAAGAGUAUGAGAAAAACUAUUUGGGAAUACAGCAAGCUCUGCAGCAUCACCGAGAAGUCAGCGCAGAGAUAAAAGAUUUCGGUGAGGUCGUGGAAAAACAUAGGAAAUCCAAGAGUCGGGAUGCCAAAGAAUUGGACCAAAACUACAGACUUUUAGAAGACUUAGACCUGCAGAAAAAGAGAUGUCUAGAAUCCAUGCUUUAUGUCACGGAGACAGAAAACUUGUUCCAGAAUUUAGAAGCUGACGUCGAGGAUCGAGCUCUUUAUCUGAGGGACCGGAAGGUCGUUUUCGACAGUGUUUACAGAACUCCGGACUUGGAGCUGUCCGCUAGAAUCCAUCGGGAUUGUGUGUACGCUCAGAGACAGAGCUGGCGAUGGCUGAGUCAAGUAUCCACUUGUUCUACACACUCACGUACAGAAUGCCGCGCGCUAUCACCAGUUUUUCCACGAUGUACAGUUUUUGGACCGAGACAUGGCGCAGUUUAUAUUCUGGAUCAACUCAGGGGCCUUGCGAGAAUCUCCGAGGAAGUCUCGUCCGAAACGUUGAUACGUUUAAUCAAGGAAAUGACGUCACACCUACUUGAUUAUCAAACUCGCUCCGAGAGAUUGAAAGAAGAAAGUGGGGAGAUUUAUCCAAUCCACAAACGGCGGGACACUCACGAACAACCAAUAAUUAAGGCUCUAGUCAACUACAAAAAUGAAGAGAUAAGUUUAGAGGCAGACUGUAGCUACCAUUUAGUGGAUAAUUCUGACCCGGAAUUAUGGAAGGUGCAAAAAGGACACGGCACAGAAGCGGAAGUGCCCUCCAUUGUACUAGUUAUACCGCCCCCUGACGGCGAAGCUGUGAACAACUCUCUCAGGUGGGUGUCCAUUUCGAGAUCGCCGUUCGUACUCUGA